AUGGCACUUAUAACAGCUGCUCACCUGGCUUUCACUUUCGGCAUUCUUGGAAACGUCGUGUCGUUCAUGGUGUACAUGGCACCAGUGCCUACAUUUUACAAGAUUUAUAAGAGAAAAUCGUCUGAAGGAUUUCACUCAAUUCCUUAUUCAGUUGCUUUAUUUAGUGCAAUGUUGUAUUUGUAUUAUGCUUAUCUGAAGAAGAAUGUGAUCUUGCUUAUAACCAUAAACAGCUUUGGAUGUGUCAUGGAAGUAGGUUUUCUGAUCAUCUUCCUGGUAUAUGCAACCUAUGAAUCAAAGAUUUAUACCGCAAAGAUUCUCUUCCUAUUCAACAUAGUAGCAAUGGGAUUGGUCGUUGGAUGCACAUAUUCUCUAUCAAAAGGGCAGAAGAGAGUUACAAUCGUUGGAUGGAUAUGUUCGGUUUUUUCUCUCUGUGUUUUUGUUGCUCCUCUUAGUAUUAUGAGGCGAGUGAUAAAGACAAAGAGUGUUGAAUACAUGCCACUUACUCUCUCAUUAUUUCUCACACUAUCUGCUGCCAUAUGGUUCUUCUAUGGUCUUUUCAUCAAGGAUUUCUACAUAGCUGCUCCAAAUGUUGUUGGAUUUUUAUUUGGAAUGGUGCAGAUUAUUUUAUAUUUAAUCUACAAGGACAAAAAACAGCAAAAUAUUCUACCAUAAAAUAAGCUGCGUGAUAUAUCAACUGACGGAGACCGGAAUUCACGAGAUCACAUGCAGAACACGUCAACGGUGGAGAUUGCAGAUGUAAUUGACCACAAUCAUGGACAAGCCCACAGAGGAACAAACUAGGAGCCAAAUGAACCUAGCAUCACAGAAUUUUCUGCAGCAAGUGACACCAUUUUGUGAUACUCAUGAUAUCAUUUUACAUAUACUUAUAUAUAGUCGUAUAGUCACAACUUAUUCUAUAAAAAAUAAGUAUGCAAAAAUAAGAUGCUGACUCUGGUCGACUAUAAUUAUGGGUUGACAUGUUGAGGAGAAAGUGAUAGCAUAAUAUUUGACUUAUAAUGAUAGGUUGACAUUAAGAAGUUCUCUGUCGAAAUGUGACAGAAAACUUAAUUUUAUUUUAA